AUGGAAGAUAAUCUCUUAACUUACUGUGGUAGCAAAUUAAAUUCUUUAACACUUGUUUCUGAGCUAAUUAACUUAGAAACACAGAAGUUGAAUGAACAGAUGGUUAGAAAUAACUUUUCAAGAGAUCUUGCUGAAACGAUUUUAAACAUUCGUAUAUUCACAGAUAUUCAAAAUAACUUGAAACUGGACAAACUUAGAUGGUUACUAACAAAUGACGGAAAAUUUUCAGUUAAAUCUAUGUACAAAAAACUCAAAAAUCCAUCUGUAGAUGAUAACAUGUUAGAUAAUGCUACUUUCUGGAAAGCUUUUUGGAAACUAAACAUCUCGCAGAGAAUAAAAACUUUCCUAUGGAAAUAUAUCCACAAUAUUUUUCCUAUCAGGAAAAAAUUAGGCCAAUUCAUGAAAGAUAUAAAGUUGAACUGUGUUUUCUGUAAUCAUGAGUGCGAAUCUCUUAAGCAUCUUUUCUUCGAGUGCAUUUAUGCAAAGACGAUAUCCAUAUUACCUCCUCUAGUAGGUUUAAACCAUAAUAAUGAUGCUAAUUUCUCUUUUGCAAAUAUGUAUGCUGAUUGGAUUGCAGGGGUAAGUUCAAACUAUGACAUAGAGAUAAUGGCAACCAAAUGCUGGUUGAUUUGGAAGGAAAGAUGCCUUAGGGUCUUCCAAUCCAAAUCUACCAUAAGUGUUCAGCUAGCCCUAGCUGUACAAAGACACCUAGCUUUUUGGUCCCCAUUAAAAUCACUUUCAGAUGAAAACAUGGGCCAAGAAGUCAACAGUUCCUCUAACUCUUCUAUACAAGCAAUUCACACAGGCCAAGGAUGGACAAAACCACCUCCAAAUCAAUUUAAACUAAACUUUGAUGCUUCGUGGAUUUGUGCUUUAAAUUCUGCUGGUUAUGGUCUAAUCGUUCGUGCUGAUACAGGAACUUCUAGUCAAGCCAGAGUUGGGACUUUCAAAGCUUCAUCUACAAAAGAAGCAGGAGCUCUGAGUCUGCUGGAAUCAGCAAAAUGGGAUAAUAGUAUGAACUUAAAGGACUUCUGGGUGGAAGGUGAUUGUCAGAUACUGACACACUAUGCUCAAGGCAAAGCGAGCAAUAUUUUUUGGAGGAACAAAGCACUUAUAGAAGAAGCAAUGAAAAUCUUGCAUUCAUGUCAUCAUUUUUUGGGUCUUACUUACAUGAAUAGAAGAUGCAAUGUAGUGGAUGAUACCCUGGCAAAAGAAACAAGAAAAAGACAGAUUCACAAGCAAUAG